AUGGGUAAUCCAAACUGGCGAAAGAACCCCCCCUUCGACCGAUGCCUACAUUUGAACCAGCCCGACAAGACAACCGUCGACAAUGCCGCCAACGCCAAGCUCGAGCCAGCCAGCGUUGAGAUCACCCUUCUCUUGACAGAUAGAGACAUGGCGAAGCUGGGAAAGAAUGUCGGCAUAAUCAUCAAAGGCACUGCUCGCCGAAGCGGCUGCAAGGCUGACAUAUUGCCGAAGAAGGAGGGCUCUAACGAGCAACAGAUUGUCUUUACUGGUAGUCAGCUGGGUGUCACUAAGGCAAAGAACUGGAUUAAGGAGCGUUUGGUUACUAAGGGUUCCUGA